CAAAACCCCUCACUCGUGAAAUGUGCUAGUUAACAGUCUUUAUAGUGAACUUCUUUUAUAUCUUCACAUGUGAGAUGUUGGCUGGUUUAUACAUUUGUACUUAAAUCAUUACAACUACUACCACGACCAUAUACCUCCGGCAAUGAAUGUAAACAAAUUGCAUGUAGAUUCACCGGUGCGAAGAAUGCACAAUACGUUCUGCAAUGCUACACCUAUUUACCAACGCGAAUGGUAUUGUCACUCCGGCUGGUACGAUGUCAAGAACGCACGGUAUGGAGCCACGGUUCACUGCGGGGUGUGGUUCGUUUCAACAAGGGGAGGGCCAGGCAUUGUUCCUCCCCUCGUCAUAGAGUUCCCGCGGCCAGGUUUGACAUAUCAUGUAAGCUGCAGGGUAUGUUUGGGGGCACAAUUGACUAGUGUUAUGUGAGAGAUGCUCAUUCAACACCGUUAUAGAAAAUAUUUCAUUGGUUAGAUAUAGUGAUAUGACCAAAAGGAAAGUGAUACGCCAAUUUUAGCGAGCUAUUCUAUAAGUCAGAAUCUGGUCGAUUCCAGGUGUUAACUUCGCGCUAUUUCAGUUGACUGGCAUGACCAUAACAACGCCGCGGGUACUAUGUUCCAUGGGCACACGUCCGUCUGUGACUAGAGGUUGCUAUGUACUUUCACGGGGGAGUGGCGAAAGUUUUCUAAGCAUUCUGCAGAGUGAAAUAUAUGACAUCAAAUAUUCUAUCGACUCCUUUGACGAACUGUUCACCCACCACCACCGGUGUUCGGUGUCAUCGUAUUGAUUUGUACCCUUAAUUGCCCGAACUACUCUUAUAGGUGAUUACGAUUCCAGGGUUUAUUUUCUGGCGGACUUUAUUCCCAUCGCGUAGUCACUGGACAACACUGGAGUGUUUGUUAAGGUCCAACAGGCGGCGCUGUGUUAUCUACCUGCCGUUUGCUUUCCUCUACCGUAAAGUGACAUGGAUCGAUUGGCGGGAAAUCCACACUAGCUUUGUAUACUCUCCUGGAUCCGUCACGUUACAAAAUGUGCACAUGCCUGUGUUGUAGCGACGGGAAGGGGGAGGAUAGCACGUAACAUUUGUGUCGCGGCCAUUUCUGAGCGGGUAGAGUGACAUGGCGAUGUUUAGACAACCUACUCUGUACCCCGGGCCCUUACAUUGACAGCAGCUCACCGGGGGUCACCUGUCACAGAAUCUGAGACGGACCAGACAUGGCGGGAUUGAUGAACAACGACUUCUCGACGCUUUGGUCGCCAGCACAAACUUCACCAGACAAUGUACAACUGACACGAGUCGUCUUCUAGGGGAUGCUUUGACCUCUGGAUCCAAGAUGGCGGCCUCCGGAGGUGUCGAAUACAAGCCUAAAUCUAAGUCGUUCGACUAUCAGAUGUGCAAGAAGGUGGCUGAACUGACGCAGGUUGUACACAUGUUGUUCACACGCUGCCAUCAGAGAGAAGUGGAGAUAGACGCACUGAAACAUGCGUACGAAGAAGAAAUUACCGCGGUUAUUGAGGACGCCAAGGCCCGGAUAGCCAGACUAGAACAGGCCUUGGACAUCAUGAAACGGCGCGACGCUUCCGACGCCAACAGGGAGGCCAGCAAAGUCAGAGAGGAGCUUUUGAAACAAUUAAAAGAGCAAGAAGAGGCAUAUGAAAAGAAACUCAAGGAACGUGACUCAGAAAUAGAGGACGAGAAAAUGGAAAACUCGAGAUUAUCAGCUCUUUUGAAACAAUCUGAGACCGAAUUGGCCAAGUUACGGGAAGGAAAAACAAACGAGAGUUCUGCAAGAAGUAAGGAGCUGGAAGACCUGAAAUCGGAAAUCGCUCAACUAUCAGACCUAAAAAGUGAAUUAACUAGAAAUCUCGAAGGCAGCGAGGCCAUUAUCGGAGACUUAAGCAAGCAAUUGGAGGCAAUAGUUGAAGAGCACACAACGCGGACAAAAGAGUUAGAGGACGUGAAAGAAAGCCUUUUGGAAACACAGCAAAUAAAGGACAAGCUGUACACAAAGAACAAGCAGUUGGAAAAGGAGAUUGAAAGACUGAGAAGUCAGGGUAAGCGGGUGACACGGGAGAGCACCAGUGCCCAGGGGACUGGCCGCUCGGACACUGCCCAGUCUGUCCGCAGGCCGGACACCUCACAUUCCGUCAAAAGACCGGACACAUCACAGUCCACUAGGUCAACCUGUUCACCAUCCAGGGUCACUUUCUGGGACCAGCGAUGUGAGGUUGACCGACUGAGGGACGAAGUGGAAAGAUAUCGGCUCGAACUCAUCAACAGGGAGGGGAAUUUUAACCGAACGUUCUCGGAGUUCCAGCCGGUGUACGUGGAUCCCCGCUCCGCUGGCCGACUCCGCAGCGACUCGCCAGCAACCCUCAGGAUUCGGAGUUCUCAUCAGAGGAGGGACCAGCGGCAGAACGGAUACCAUGACAGGCCCAACACGGUUCACAGCAGCCAGCGCCUGCCGUUUUUCUCCCUGCAGCCUGAGGACCAGAACGGCAACGCCGCCUCGCGGAGUUAUCCGGGACUGUCCCAAAUCAGACAUCAAGUAGCCGCGCCAAAGACGAGACCGCUUGGCUAUAAACUUCUUACGGGCAAAGUCAUCAGCGACGUUAUGACGACGGACUGAAUUGGAGAAAGUGAUCUUCUGAUGUAUUGACAGAUCAUAUUACACACCCCUACGUAUAUUAGUAUCAAUUUCCGAACUGUAUUUCUGUAUUUAUGAUGUGAAACGUGCUGGUGAAUUCUACAUAGAAAAUAUUCAGUUCUUAAUUUAUGGUUCAUGAGGUGAGCGAUUGUAAGAAACAGUUGAUCGCAUCAGUUUUGAGCGUGAGAGGAGCGACCCCUAGCGUUUGAGGUAUACACUGCAUUGCUGCAUGCGGUUUGGCGUGCAAUAAAAUUCUUUGUUUAAUGGUA